UUCGUGUUGCAUGUGCGGUUCGCGCGUCAAUUCAUACUAAGAGGAAAGGGAUUUGUGUUCGAAAUUUUUUUAUUGCUUUGAAAAGGUUUCAUACAUAUUAUAUAUAAUUGUGAGCUUUGUUGGUGUGGAGGCUAAGAAAGCCAAUUUUUUUGAAGUGUUUAGAUUAAUUAACUAUUGGCCCCUCUGGUUUUUACAAAUUCUGAAUUAAAUCUUUAUGUUGGUGGGAAAAAUUACCGUUACCUGCUUUUAAAUCAGUGGUUUCAAUAGCUGAAAGUUAUUGUGUGGCUCUGAAUUGUUCAUAAUCAAAAUCCGCGCCCACCAAUUUAUCGGCUGGAAACCAAAUAUAACUGACCGCUUCAAAUGGGAUAUCGACCACCGUUAAUAUAACUUAGAAAUUGUAGUGACUAAAAAAAGACAACAACAACAAUAAUAAUGUCAUAAGUCAAAAAGCUUCAGCGCAGUUAGAGAGCAAUUUGUAUUGUUGCCUCAGAAACCACCAACGUAGCGGUGUCUUCAAAUAGCGCAACCAUGCAUUGGUAUAUCAGAAGGCCGCCUUUGCUGCCGCUUACUAAUCCCGUUCGGUUUCAAAGCACAUGGACGUAAGGUUUCGCGCAAUCACUAUUUAAAUUACGCACACAAUGCGCGCCGUAUGCCGUCAAUGCUGUUAAUGCCAACAGUAACAAAAGCAACAAACAUCAAGACUAACUGAGGCGAGCGCCAACGACCAAUACAAUCAACGCCAACAGACGCAAUGCCACAAUCAUUAGCCACAACAAGUGCCAACAACUUUGCGCAAAUAACUGCGAGCACAAUAACGGUGAUGGCUGUGACGAACACAAAAACUGUAGUUCUGCUCGCCGUCGCCAUGCUCGUUCUGUUUGUGGCCUUCUCAGGGAAUGUGGCUGGUGUGGCAGCAGCGGCGGCGGCGGCCAGCAACACGAACGACGAGCACUUAAGAAUUAUCGCCGGUGCGGAUUCUGGUGAAGCGACGGCCACAAAAGCCGCAAUUACUUUGGAAAAGCACAUUGGUAUAACUGCACCUGUUGUUGUUGUAACAUCUACGCCACCCUUGCAGGGCGAUCAGCCGAUGUAUUUGGGUUUCAUGGCGAGCGUGUUGCUUAAUGAUGAAGACGGCAAUGGCAGUGGCGGCGGUAAGGGCACAGACAGUCGGGCCGGCCUUGGGAGUGCAAAUGGUGGCGGCAAUUUAGUUCCUAUAAAAUCAGCGGUGGCAGCUGCCGCGACCGCGGCGGCGAAAGCAUUCAACGACUCGUUAGCGUCCGCCGUGACGGCGACGUCGACGGCUGCGUCUGCUUCAACACCCGAAUGGUCGACACACUUGGCAUUUGUCAUAUUCAAAUGUUGCGUUAUUAUACUCAUUAUACUCGCAGCCAUACUCGGCAACGUGCUCGUGAUUGUGUCCGUUAUGCGGCAUCGGAAAUUGCGCAUUAUCACGAACUACUUUGUAGUCUCGUUAGCCGUCGCUGAUAUGUUGGUGGCCCUGUGCGCCAUGACAUUCAACGCUUCCGUCGAGAUUACCGGGAAAUGGAUGUUCGGCGCCGUAAUGUGCGAUGUGUGGAACAGUUUCGAUGUUUACUUCUCAACGGCGAGUAUUAUGCACCUCUGCUGCAUAUCCGUGGAUAGAUAUUACGCGAUUGUGCAACCGCUCGAUUAUCCACUGAUUAUGACGCAGGGACGUGUGUACUUUAUGCUCUUGAUGGUGUGGCUGUUGCCCGCGCUUCUCUCAUUUCUACCGAUCUGCUCGGGCUGGUACACGACGGAGGAAAAUUGGAAAUACUUAAAAAGCAAUCCACACAUAUGCGAAUUCAAAGUGAACAAGGCGUACGCCAUAGUUAGUUCCUCGAUGAGUUUCUGGAUACCUGGUUUCGUAAUGGUCUUCAUGUACUAUCGCAUUUAUCAAGAGGCUGUACGACAGGAACGGCUUGUCUACAGAUCCAAAGUUGCUGCCCUCCUUCUAGACAAACAUUUGCAGAUUAGCCAAAUACCCAAGCCGCGACCAAGUAUCCAAGUCGAACAGUCGACCAUUACAACAAUGCGCCGGGAGCGCAAGGCCGCACGUACGCUUGGAAUAAUAAUGAGUGCUUUUCUACUCUGUUGGGCGCCAUUUUUCCUAUGGUAUUUAACGUCCACACUUUGCUCUAGUUGCACCACACCGCGCAUUGUUGUUGGUAUACUCUUUUGGAUCGGCUACUUCAAUUCGGCUUUGAAUCCUAUUAUUUAUGCCUACUUCAAUCGUGAUUUUCGUGGAGCUUUCAAGAAAACACUGAAGUCCUGCUGCCCAUAUGACCUCAUAAAUUGUCGCGUCAGCGCGGGCGCUGACCUGCCGCCAUACAUCAACUCCACCGCCUCCUCCGAAAUACACAUGAACAUUAUACGAACUCGUCAAUACGCCACGUCGUCAUCGAAUCAGCUGCAACCGCUCUACCAGAACUAAAAAUAAAAUUAAGUUGAAUAAAUUUAACCAAGGAACGAGAGUCCACACAGGCAAGGGAAGGGGGAAGCGAAGCAGAAAUAAACUCGGCCAUGCCUGCGAUGAGCGAAGCUGGCUACCAGGCCAAAUAACUCCGCCAAACAAAAAUAGCAACCAAAGGAGCUCGAAAUAAACAAUAAUAUUAACAAAAUAAUAAUAAAUUUUACGUGUAUGUGCGUGUAUGUGUGUAGUUUGUUGUGAGAAAUACCCGUAAGUAGGCUAAACACUAACAUACAGACUUCUCUGUAGAGCUUAGCUAUUAAGAACCAGAAAACAAAGUAGAAAGCUGAACAAAAUAGGAAAUACCAAUAUAGCAAAAUAAAUGAAAAAAAAUAAAAGAAAAUGAGAAAUAGAGUACUAGGUGUUCUAUUUGUUGUAAUAAAUAUUAAUUAAUGUUUGUAUCGGCAGAACAUUAAGUUACAGUGUGUUUACGAGAAUCAGAGACAACAGUUUAAAACUAUAAAACAUCGUGACAAUCCCACAGAAUUGAAAAAGCCUUGAAAAACUUGGAAAAAUAAGUUAAGUACAUUCUUGAAUUAUGGCAUACACAUUAAUUUAUGUGUGUGCCUAGUAAUUAAGUAAUUAACAAUUGUAUGGAGCAAACAAUACUGACCUUUGUAAGUACAAUUUAUACCAGCGCGACUUCUAUCCUACAUACUUCCAGUAUACAAGAGAGGUAGAAUUAUUGGAGAAUUGAUACUAGAGCACCUCACUGGUUAUAUUUAACACUUUUGCAGAGGUUUGAGAAGAUAGUAACUUAUUUCGAUGGAGGGGUUUGUUAUACUUUUCAUCUCGUUUCAACUUCUGUUGCUCAAUGCUCGAACUGAUCCACCUGAGGGGAUGAAGAAAUUAAUAUAAAUUUUUCUUGACUAACUAAAAGCAAAAACGGUAAAAAUGGGCACAACACAUAGAAUUUUUCGAUAACAAGACGCUGCGUAUACGCAACGGAAAAGGGAACGGAUUAAGCGUAUGGGUCAGUCUAAAGCCCUCCGGAGCUACAGUUAAAAUUACAAGUGAAUGCUGAAGCUGACCGAACUAAAAGCUUUGACACUGUAGGGGAUUAAACAGGCGAAUUUUUUUAGUAUUUUACCAAGUGAAGUUUUUGCGCUUCUCCAUAUUGGAACGACGAGAGUAUAGAUAGACACCCACAUCUCAAUUCGAUAUAUAAUCAACCGUUAGGUGGCAAAAGCAUUGUACUUUGUGCAACAUGUUGCAAGAGUAUGAGAAAAAAAAUAAUAUAUGUAGGAAUGCGCUGGUAUAUAAUAAACAUAUCCUUUGUUAUUGAAUAAUAAAAAUAACCUGAGCAAGAAAAAUAAAUUUAAGUAAGAUUAAGAAAAGAAGAGUAUUACAAAAUGAAAUGUGUAGUAAAAGCGAUAGACAUACAUAUAUGUAUAUAAAUGCCCCAAAACAAUAUACUUAUGUAAGUAUAUACCUACAUACAUUAACAUAUACACUCAUUCAAACAUAAUUUUCUAUACGAAUGCUUGCUGUAUAAAAUAACCAUUGAAAGCGUCCUCGCAUUGAAAGCAAAGUCGUAGAAACUACUUUAAAACUGGUGUGAUCUACUUAAUAGUCGUAAUAUUAGCAAAUGCUAUACCUUUGUGUAUGUACGAGCGUGAAUUCGGUCAGAAGUUGCCAGUCUAAGACUGGUACUAUUUUAGUUCUAGUUUAAAUAUCUAAUUUGGUUUCAGACCGCAAUUUGUGUAAAUUCAAUAUUGUUUUAUAAAUAUACUUGGAUAUAAUAUUAUAACUCGAUAGGUCUCCCGACUAGUUUAAUUCUUUACUGCAAGGGUUUAUUCAAUUGACCAGAGUGAAACCCUUUGAUGAUGGUGAAAUAAUUAAUGAAAUGCUUCCAAUAAGUAUUAGAAUUUAUGUACUUCGGAAUUGAAUCUUCAUAUAAUAUAUGAUAUAAGUGUAUGCAACACAGAUUAUAAAGAUCCGAAAACAUUUUGUGAAGCAGUUGGAAUAAGGCAUCAUGAUGACAACGCGAAAGAUCCAUAAAAGAAAUUUCAAGAAAUUGCAAAUUUUCUUCCUUCAAAUUUCAUUUCUUCCUAAGUCGUAGGAAGAUUACUGGUGUCAGGAACAUAGUGUGUAUGGUGAACUACAAUUUAAGGCUGCACAACAAUAUUAAGAAAAUAAUUAAAGAACUUGUGCGGUUCAGUCUCUCAAUAAUAAAAAAAUGAAAUGUAGUAAGGAAGAGAUAAGUACGUGUGCAGGCGAUACUCCACACUAGAUUCUCUAGUUCUAGGCGGGCGAACAUUGCUAUUGCACUUAUUUAUUGUAUUGUAUUAAGUUAUACAUUGUCCAGCGACUUACUUUGUUGCAGCACUGUAUGUCAAAUAUAUUAUAUCCAAUAUUUUUACUUGACCGCAGCUUUCAUCAUAUUUGUGCGUACUCGAUAACGAAAGUACGGAUCGAUGCCGACCUUUUAUUCAUGAGAGAUAUCACGUGUCAGAAGUACUAUUUGUGAUAAUUUUUUUUAAUCCUUUUUUAUGCUAUGCUUAUCUGUUGUGCCGCUUAGAAAUUAAUGUUCUUUGAUUUUGUGGGCGUGGCAAUGUCCCGAUUCCACUUAUCUACAAUACCAGCCACCUCAGAGUGAUACGGUUAUCAAUUGCACGGAGGAACGGACGGUUGGUUUGACAGUCAGACAACAUUUGGAUAUGACCACUAUAUCCUGAAUUCCCCAUUUGCUACUUUGCUGUCUGUCUAUAUAUAAGCGACUCUGUGGACCUCUCAGUUUUUGCAAUAUCGAUCUGAAAUUUUACACACUUACUUUUCUUCCCAGGAAGCCGCUUAUUUGCCGGAACGCCGAUAUCGGAUAUUAUAAUCUAUAUUUAGCUGCCAUACAAUCAUAACCAAGUUUUCGUAUGUAAAGCUUUCUAAUUUAACACGAUAUCUGCACGCUAUCGUAGCUUCGGAGCAGCCGAAGUUAGCGUUUUUUCGUGUUAUAUCUUAUCAAGAUUAGUUUCAGGUGAUACCUAUGUACAACCGUUAGUUGUUCAAAACCAUUACACUCAAUGCGAUUUGUUGCGAGAGUAUAAAAAAGGCGUUCUGCUGUUGUUGGCGCACAUUCGACGUCACUCGUACUUGUAGCUUCGGUUUAUUUAGUUCGCUGGCGUAUUAUCUACUCUGACGUUCUUACAACAAUCGUAAAAAAAUGUAUGUUUGCAUACGUGUUUAGCUGUGUACAAAAUUAAUAUAGGUAACUUCGAUGCUGUUUGCAAAAAGUCUUAAAACGCAUGUCACCUGCGAGGUCGAGGGAGCUGGGGGCUGUCAAUGUAAGGUUUUAAAUAAAGGCUAAAAAACGAAAUGCAAACGAGCUAAAUAAAAUUGACAAUAACGAAAAAACAUUUCGAAGGACAAGUCAGCAUGCGUAUUUACUAAUACACAUACACUUUUUAAAACAAAAAUAACAAUAAAAGUAAAACAAAAGUUCGGUAAAAUGAAAGCGUGAAACGUUGUGCUUAUUGUUGGAGCUUUUAUUUGAGGGAAACAAUAAACACUCGGAAUAAAUGAAUAAAUUUAUGAAACAGUCCAUAAAUAAGCAAACUCGCAUGUAUAUAUAUAUAUAUAUAUAUAUGUACAUAUGUACAUAGACAAAUACAUAUGUUCACAUUGUGCAUUUGUAAAGUGAGUUUGGACAAGUAAUAAAGAGCUAAGUUCGAGUGUAACCGAACAUUUCAUACUCUUGUAACUUGCAAGGUCUAAAGCCAGGGAAGUAGCCUUCAGGUACGUAAGCCAUGUUAGUCAUAGGCGUCUAGGGCGAGUUUCCAUCCAAUUUUAUUCCUUCUAAACACAAAUAUGCGCCGUUAUAAGAAAAACACGCUCUCUCAAUUUUAUUAAGAUAACUCACAUAUUGGCCGAUAUAUUCAGCAUAAAAUCGCCCAGAAGUUCGAAAAUCUUUAUGUCGAGUAUAUGGGAGCUGCUUCUCGAUUUGUACAAUCUAAAGGAAAUAUGUAAUCAGAUGGGAUUUAAAACUAUGUUAUGUAGUCCUAUUUUGAAUAUGGUUUUUGUAGCUUAAGGGGUUUAAGAGGUAUUACAUUAAACUUAUUAGAAGGCGGAGCCACGCCCACUUUUCUAAAUUUUUGGCCCACAUUUAUCUAUAUCUUAAUUAAGUGUUUCGUUAUGGCACUUUAUAGGUUUUCGGUUAAUCGGUUAAACGCCCAUCUACGAACUCAUAAUUUUUUACUAGGAAACACGCACAUCAAGUUUCAUGAAUAUACUAUAUCUAAAUUUGUACUCAAGUUAUAGCUAGCACGGACGGAUGGAUCAUUUAUAUACCCUAGCAUAUAUGUAUGUAUAACCCUAUAUCUAUCUCGCUUAGUUUUCGGUGAUACGUACAACAGUUAGCUGAACAAAGCUAUUAUACUCUGUAGCAACAUGUUGCAAGAGUAUAAAAACGUGAUGGAACAAUAAGCAGGAACCAGCUUUUGGACUUCUGGUAUGCUCUUUAAGCCUGUUGAUGGCAAUUUAUAUUUCACAAUUUAAGAAAUAUUCUCCAAUUUAAUAUAUGUUUGUAUCCAUGUGAUAAGCAUUGCGUCUCAGUGAGCUUAAAGUGAAACAAUUUUUUUCUAAAUUUAAUAAGUCUAAUUAACUUGCAUAUGACAGAAUAUGAUUUAAAAAAAUAUUCUUGUCGUGAUUAUAGCCGAGUUAACAAUAGCGCGCCAGUCGUUUAUUCUUUUCGCUAAGUGGCGCCAAUUGGAUAUUCCAAGCGAAGCCAGGUCCUUCUCCACUUGGUCCUUCCAACGGAGUGGAGGUCUUCCCCCGGAGGGUACUGCGUCGAAUGCUUUCAGAGCUGGAGUGUUUUCGUCCAUUCGGACAACAUGACCUAGCCAGCGUAGCCGCUAUCUCUUAAUUCGCUGGACUAUGUCAAUGUCGUCGUAUAUCUCAUACAGCACCUGUUGGAAAGAGUUAUCCUGCGUUGGAUUUCCAGGCUGACAUUGUUGGUGGUGUUUAUGCUGGUUCCUAAAUAUACGAAACUAUCUACAACUUCAAAGUUAUGACUGUCAACAGUGACGUGAGAGCUAAGUCGCGAGUGCGACGACUGUUUGUUUAAUGACAGGAGAUAUUUCGUCUUGCCCUCGAAUUGCAGUCUUCGAUUCACUAAGCAUUGGAGAGGAGCAAAUCGAACGAACUAUUGUCUAACGUAAUCUGAUGCCUGUGCAAUUAUGUUCUCUCUCUUUUUUUGCUGGAAAAAUACUUGUUAGGACACAAAACACAUUUUAGCAACCCUUUAGUUUCGAGCAGCGUCCAUACCUUUCAUUUCCUACUAACAAUUACUAUCUAUAAGAAGUUUUAUGUUUUUUAAAUCAAUGAAAGCGAAGCUGAGACAGUUGAUAUACAAUUCGCAUAAUUAUAUUAAGAAUAUUUACAACCGUCGACCGAUGUCAGGGCUUUAUUAGAAGGAGAAAAUACAGACAAAUUCUUCUUGCAAAAAUUUACAAAUAUUUUUGGCUAUUUUUUUAACAGAAAUUCCCAGAUUAAACAUCAUAUACAUACACAUGUAUACCAAUGUAUGAAGGUAUACUCGUACAUUUCUACAGAUAUAAAUAAUAGACGAAUAUACAUACAUACAUAUGGUAAAUGUGUGCAGCUGAGUGAUAGCCAUUUGAUAGCCAAUAAAAUGUGUGAACAAUUUACCGAUUUGUAUGUCGAUCGUAUAUUCGACCGAACAUUUAUUGCCACUGAUUUUUAUUGGCAUUUUCUUCGAUUUCAUUUCAUUAAUAAAAUGGCAUAGAAAAAGGGGGUGAGGGCAGGAGAUCGAAUGUAUUGCUGAUUUCAGGUUUAAUCGUUAAAUAAACAACUUGCGAAGCUAUUUAUGACACCGCGUUAUGAGUGUUGUUGUUGGUGACCGGUGGCACUCAAUGAAUUUGGUGGAAACAUUGCUGUAAGAUAAUAAGCUAACAAAUGAGCAUGAAGCUACAAGUGUUUCUAAAGGAGCGCGGGGAGACAUUUUUUUAUUUUUUGUUUGAUUUUAAUUAAUAAUAUCUUUGCGCACUCCAGUUGAUAUUGGUCAAUAUGUUAAAUGUCUUAAGGACCUGAGAUAAAUUAGUUUUCUGGAGGAUAGUGUAAAUUUGGAUGAAAUAGGUUUAGACCAUUCUUUAAUUCUGCAAACCUAUAAAAAUUAUUCGGUCUUUCUGGCCGACUUUGGACCGUUCAUAUGUGUUAGAUACGCAAGAGAAACACUUAAUUCUUAAAUUAUUGAUUUCUGUUAGCCAGUAGUUUUAAAGUGAAUAUCUCGAAUACAAAGCAGAAUGAAUCUAACUACAUAAAUACGUGAUCUAUAUUAUUAGAUCAAAAUGAUAGAAAUUGAAAUUGUUGCUUUUUAGUGAGCGCUUGACCGGAGAAUAUAUAUGUACAUACAUAACUAGGUUCGUAAAGUCAGUGCGAAAAGAAAGCUUUGUUUAUUCCUCAUAGUGGUCACAGUUGGUUACGUUUAUACGUCGUCUCACAAUCUAGUCUCUAUCACUCCCGAUUUAAGUUAAUACUCGUACGUACCCGAGAUGUGUGCAAUCAUUAUGCAAGUUCGGCUAAUAUCAAUAGUUUCAUUCAUAAGCAAUGUCUGUUAAAAUAAAGAUACUUGAAAGCAUUUUAUUCGCAUUCUUCUCAAUUGCUUAACAAUGCUCAGCUACACCCGAAAUUAGCCCUCUUCGCACUUUACGCGUUUCAUACACAUUUCUUGUAAAUUCCUCGAACAAGUCUCACAAAAAAUAGUCUUUAUUCUUUAGUUUUAUAUACUUCCAUUUUAUUUACCGCUACAAAUAGACAUAUAUGUAUAUAUACUCUAUGUACUUACUCUCGACAGUGACGCGAAGUAGAAAGUAGGGGCGAAUUAAGACAUAAGUUCCUUAUGUUUAUAUGUAUAAGUAUGUAGUAUGUAUGUAUGUAAGUAAAUGUGUGUUUGUUAAUUGUCAAUUCAGGAAUUGAAAUACUAAGAAGUUUACAAUAGAAUUAAUGCAAACCAAAGACAAUUAUAAUGUAAUUAUUGUAUGUAUUGUAUGUAUUGUAAUUGGGCGUUAUAUAUACGUAAAUAUUAAUACGAACGUUGCCAAUGCAAAUAUUGCGGGCAUACACGCAUACAUGUAUGUAUGUAGUAGAUCCGUUAUGCAUAUACAUACAUAUACAUUGUAUACUUUGUGUAGAUGUACCAAGGUGUAUAUAUUAUGUACAACUAGGAUAAAAUUCUAUUAAAAUAUGUAUAAAUAAAAAUACGAAUACAAAUUAUGUCUGACAUACAAAUAUAAAUACAACAUGAAUGAGUUAAAUUGAACUUAAUGAAGAAAACAA